AUUUUUGAAAUAAAUGUUAGAUCUUGCAAAUAUGGGGGAUGGAUAUGAAGAUGAUUUUGAUGACACAACAAUGUUUGAAAAUAAAUCUGGUUUGGCGGAGGAUAUGAAGUUCCUUGCAAGCAUGCCUGAAUUGUGUGAUGUUACAUUCCUAGUAGGAGAUACCAGAGAACCAGUGUGUGCAGUUAGAGCAGUUUUAGCAGCUAGAAGCAGGGUGUUUAAGAAGAUGCUGGUGACGAACGUGAUGAAGAAAAGGGAACCUACCUACAAGGAGAAUAAGUUUAGAGCAUUCAUUAAGAGAAGUUCUGAACCAUUGCUUGGUAUGCAGAAUACCCAUCACCAACACCAGAAGAAAGGACUUCAAAACUCAAAUAGUCAUCUUUCACCAAUUACGGAGGGAGGACAGCAGCAUCAAACAUUGAUAAUAGAAGAGUUUGAGCCUGAUGUGUUUAGACAGCUAAUAGAAUAUAUUCACACUGGGUGUGUUACUCUUCAACCUCGGACUCUGUUAGGUGUGAUGAAUGCCGCGGAUUACUAUGGUUUAGAUGAACUCAAAUGCGCAUGCUCAGGAUUCAUUCAGUGUUGUAUUACUGUUGACACUGUGUGUGCCCUUCUGGCAACUGCAGAAAGAUAUAUACAAUACAAAUGCACAAAAUUUCUCAUUCAGAAGGUUCUGGAAUUUGUAGAUGAUCAUGGAAAUGAGGUUCUGAACCUUGGUUCCUUUGCAACACUACCCCAGCAUGUUGUCCGACUGAUUAUGGCCCGGGAUGAACUCAAGGCAGAUGAAUUCUCAAAAUUUCAGGCUGCAUUGAUGUGGAGUAAAAAGUACUGUGACACCAAUGGCAUAGGAUUAAGAGAGAUUCUGAAUACAUUUCUUGAGUACAUUCAGUUCCAUAUGAUUCCUGCCAAUAUACUAAUGCAGGAAAUACAUCCUCUUGGGCUUGUUCCGCAUAGUAUAAUAAUGACAGCCCUGGCUUACCAAGCUGACCCUACCAGCGUAACAAUCAAGAUAUCUCCACUAAAAGUUAAACCGCAGCGAUCAUUUGGUAUGAGCGGACACCGUACCUCGUCAGUGCAAAGCAGUUCGUUGGAUCCACGAUACAGUUCCAACACAACAUUGUCCUCGACCAAUUCCACGUGUUCAACUGAGAACAGAUCCUCUCAUUGAUGUCUCAUCUAUAUACUGACUCAAGAAACCUUUAUCUAUAUUCCAUUGAUAUCUCAUCUAUAUACUGACUCAAGAAACCAUUUUCUAUAUUCCAUUGAUAUCUCAUCUAUAUACUGAAUCAAGAAACCUCUAUCUAUAUUUCAUUGAUAUCUCAUCUAUAUACUGAAUCAAGAAACCUCUAUCUGUAUUCCAUUGAUAUCUCAUCUAUAUACUGAAUCAAGAAACCUCUAUCUAUAUUUCAUUGAUAUCUCAUCUAUAUACUGAAUCAAGAAACCUCUAUCUGUAUUCCAUUGAUAUCUCAUCUAUAUACUGAAUCAAGAAACCUCUAUCUAUAUUUCCAUUGAUAUCUCAUCUAUAUACUGACUCAAAAAACCUCUAUCUAUAUUUCCA